AAGAAACCUGGAUUGUGAUUGUGGAAAACCAAUUGGCCCUGGCAGAUCAGGAGAUAUGAUGAGAAGAAAUUCAUUGCCAGGUUCCCCCCAAACAAGAAGAUCAAGGAUUUGGUAGAGUACCCUUCCAUCAAUCUGAAAAAAGAAGGGGUGACUAUCUCAUUUAGUGAUUGGAAUGGAGAAAUGCCAGCCUAUGACUCCCUAGAAGAAACCUGGAUUGUGAUUGAAGGGCUGCCUCCCAAGUGGAUAUCUUGGUACAUUAUCACACAAGUGGCAACUAUGCUUGGUGUCCUGGUUAAUGUUGACUGGCACACCAUCUUCAGAAGCUUCUAUGAGAAGGUGAGGAUCCAAGUGGCUGUGAGAGACUCAACUAAAAUCCCCAGAGACAGGGUGGUGGAGAUCCACCAUGAACUUUAUUUGCUAAAGUUUUCUGUGGAGACUGAGUUAGCAAGUGAACAUGAUUCUGAUAUUCCUCCAGGCCCUGAUGACAACAACCCCUCUCAGAAAAAGCAUACCGAAGAUGAGUUUGAUACAAGUGAAGAUGAUGUGCUGGGAGAGGAUAUGGACACUGGAAAUAGUAACACCAACAUCAAGGACAAGCCUCCAGCUGCUGGUUCAACUGGUGCCAAGUCUAUCCAGAAGUGCUCCACUCCUGCUCCUAGAUCCAAUAUGGAAAAUUCUGUUUUCUCCAAGAUUCUGGGUGCCCCUAUGACCAAAAGCUUUCUUGAGAUAGUGAAGAAGCCCAAUGAAAACAUAGGUGGCCCUCUCCUGGAACUAUUUGAUGCUGCUGCUGAUUUGAGCAAACCUAUUUCUCAGAAGAGCCUUGGCACUAAACAGAAAUGGGGGCCUCUGGUGGCCUCCAGAGUUAACACCAAGAACAAGAGAGAUGGAAAACCUGCUCUUCAAAAAGCUCAGGAACUGAAACAGAUUAAAAAUCUGGAAGUGCCUAUUGUAAGAAAAGGUGACCUGGAGGAUAUAUGGAAAAAGGAAGAAAUCAAGGCCAGGCAGAGAUACAGAGAGAGACAUAUUGGAAGGAGACCUGAAUGCUGGCUACUUCAAAGCUAUAGCUAACCAGAAGAGGAGGAAAAAACAGAUCAUGGUGCUGAAAGGAGAUGAAGGUACUGUCUCUGAUCCUGAAGGAAUUAUUAGGAGAUGAAGGUGCUAUUACAAAAAUCUCUUUGGCUUCCAAGAUAAAAUAAAUAUCAACCUGAAAGAUGACUUUUGGGAAGAUGGUGAUAGGGUCACUGAUGCUCAUAAUAGUAUCUUAGAUGCCCCCUUCACUGAGCAGGAAAUCAAGGAGGCUGUCUUUGGCUCUUAUGCUGAAGGAGCUCCUGGGCCAGAUGGCUUUCCUUUUUUAUUCUACCAGCAAUUUUGGGACCUUAUUAAAGGUGACCUGUUUGCUUUAUUUGAUGAUUGGGAGAAGGGUGAUCUGGAUUUAUUUAGAUUGAACUUCUCCUUAUUAACUUUAGUCCCUA